ACGAACCACCAUCAUGCCCCCGCGGUCGACGAAACUUGCCGCGUUCUUCAACAACGAUGACGAGGACUUCACCUUCUCACAAAAGACCGUAGACGAGGCCAAGCUCAGCGCGCGUCUGCGCAAGUCCAAGAGGGAGAAGGAGCAGGAGGCGGCAGAGGCCAAGCGGAAGGAAGAAGAGGAGAACACGAAGAAGGCCUACGCAGAGUUUGUCGAGGCGUUCGAUGGGCCGGGUCCGUCCAGGAAGGCAGCCACGAAUGCCUUCGUGAGGGCCGGGGAACGACCUCCGCAGGCACCCAGCGAAAAGCCUAUCCCCACAGGGCCUUCUGCUGGCCGCAGACUACCGUCAAUGUCUCCGCCUCCACUGGCACCGCCAAAGCCGAAGGGGAAGCGCGCGAUGGAUAAGUUCCUCGAGGAGAUCAAAAGAGAUCAGGCAGAACGAGAAGCGCGAUUUUCUCGAGGCUCUGGGCAAGGCCGAUCGUCUGCUACGGCUAUGGCUGCAUAUGAAGGACAGAGCGGCAGCAAAGACAGAGGCGACCCUUUGACCUCCAACCUCUUCGUUGCCAACAUUCCCCCUCAUGCCACUGAGCCGAGCCUUGGACAACUUUUCGCGAAGGCGGGCCCUGUGGGAUCGGUCAAAAUUAUGUGGCCUCGCAACGAUCCUACCUUUGGUGCCGCUGGAAUACGCCAGCUGAAGGGUAACUCUCUCAGCGGAUUCGUUGCAUUCAUGAAGCGCAAAGAUGCGGAAGAUGCUUUGCGUCAGUUCGAUGGUUAUGAUUGGGGAGGGAGCACGCUUCGCGUUGGAUGGAGCAAGGCCGUACCAGUCGCACCACGGCCGCUGUCUGUUUCAACACUAACAUCAGACAAACCCUCGAGACGAAGUCGCAGCCCAAGGGACCAUCACUCGCGAUCACGUUCUCUCAGCAGCGAAAGGUCGCACUCACCUCGCCGAAGCGGCGCGGACGCCCACGGACGCGCUUUGUCGCCCCGCUAUGCUCGUGAAUCAUCACCUGUCUUGGGAGACGAGAUCGUCACGGACUCGUUUAUACGCGCUGUCGCCGCCGAAGUGAAGGGUCAUGGCGCUGAUUACGAAGCAAACCUCAAAGAGCGAGAGAAGAAUAAUACCAAGUACGCCUUCAUGACCAACCGCGGGCAUCGUCGACAUGCAUUCUACCGUGGUCUCGUUGAGUCGGAGCGCACUCUUGAGCCAGAGUUCGAUGACGACGGAUACAAUUCUGUGUAUUCGACUGACUCUGCCGAGGAAUCUGAACGGGAACGUACGCGUAAGGGCGCCCUCGGGAAGCUGGCGGCCAAACGCUUUUCUGCGAUGCUGCGUGCAAUGUCUGGAAAGCGUGGCGAAAUCGCGCGCUGCAUGGCCUUUGCGCUCGAGCACGCCGAAGCCGCUCACGAAGUCGCCGAGCUCAUCGUCGCAUCGCUGCUCGUCGAGGGCACGCCUGUCCCUCGCAAGGUUGCGCGCCUCCACCUCAUCUGCGACAUCCUGCACAACAGCGCUGCCAGCGUGCCCAGCGCCUGGAAAUACCGCGGCGAGUUCCAGGGCAGACUGGGCGUCGUGUUCGACCAUCUUGCGAACAUCUACCACUCGUUCCCGGGGAAGAUUACGGCGGAGACGUUCAAAAACCAGAUUACGGCUGUGAUUGAUGUGUGGGACGACUGGAUCAUGUUCCCGCAGGACUUUACGCAGGAGCUGAGGCAGAGGUUGGAAGGGCAGGUCAGGCCGGAUCAGCAUGUGGAGGACGAGGUGGUAGAGGAGAGUGCGGAAGCGCAGACGCUGCCGGCGAAGUUCAAAGCGAGCGCAUUCCAGCCUGCGACGGUCCCCGUUGACGCGACAGCCGACCAUGGCGUCGAUGAUGACCUUGACGGCGCACCCAUUGAGGACCACGUAGACGGCGUGCCUAUGGACAUUCACUCGAGCGCAGCCGACGAUGUGGAUGGCGAACCCAUAGCGGACGAUGUCGACGGGGCGCCCAUCGAGGACAACCUGGAUGGCGACCCUGUCGCCGAUGACAUUGACGGUGAACCGGUUGAUGACAUUGACGGCGAGCCUGUUGCCGACGACAUCGACGGCGAGCCUGUGGCUGAAGAUGUUGACGGCGAACCUGUUGCCGACGACAUCGACGGUGAACUCAUGGCGGCUCCUAUAGGCGACGAUCUAGACGGUGAGCUGAUGAUGAAUACGGAGGGGGUCCGACAGCCAGAAGAACUGUCGGAUGGCGAACCUAUGGACGAGAGCGACUAGCUUUGAGUGUACCUUCUGUGUAUGCUUUAGGCUCCACAGCACAAAAAUGUGCCUUUUCUUUCCCUGUACUCAAUUUUGGCCGGAUAUUUAUUCCACAAAUGCCAUUGAACGAUAGCAACCAAAUCUGAAUGUAUAUAGGGGGAGACGAACUUCUCCAGGAGAAGGAAGUACACGAUGUCCGAUACACCAACUUCAAGGCGCCCUGGACACCAUGAUAGGAAGUUGGGUCUUCUCGGGUUCACUCUCGACGUAGGCGGAGACGAUGUUGCUCAUCCGCCACUGU